GAUAUCUGUUAUUUAUGAAUCUGGAAAAUUACUCAUUCUCUGUUUUUAAAAUGACGCUGUCAUGUCUAGAGUGUUGCAGUACAGCACCAGAUUCUGGCUAUUUUCUGGAACAUAAAAAAAGCAUGUGAGUCUUUGAAAUGAGGGGCUUCGAGUAGGCAGCAAGCCCGGUGCGUGAGAACCUUAGAUGUCUGAAUAUAAGUCACAAAACCUCACGCACAGAAAACCGCGGAUUUGAUUUUCAUUUUUUCACAUCUAUACUGCCCUAUACCUGUAUACGAUUACACAUACAAUGUAUUUCUGAACCACAUAAUUAUACAGUCUCAUAAUCGUGAUGCAUAUGAUCUACUAUUUAAAUAUUUUGGCCUCUUUAAUGGCGCACUAGUAUGUUGUGGUACACUGAUUGCUGUAACGAAAACAUAAGCAAUAAAUAUCUGUUUUUAAAAAUGAGUCGCCGUUAUAUUUAGGUUAUUUUCGGUUACUCAAAUAAAGUUUCAUGUCAUGCCUUGAAUCUGCCAAUAUAUUGUUUGUCCUUCAUCAAUCCAGGAAAUGAGAAAGCAAAAAAUAACUGCACGUUAGGCCAGCAAGCUGUCUGAAUCCGGACAUUUUAAGUAUUCGUUUCGGGCCGCAUCUGGUUCUCCAUUUUAGAGCAUUGGCUCAAUAACUUUGAAUGGAUUAUAUUUUAAUAAAAGACUUAUUUAUAGUUUUGAAUUUUUUUCAUCAUUUGCAGCAACUAUAUACAAAAAAGAACUUGUCUGGAAACUACAAAAGGCAUAAUAGAUGCCGAAAUUUUUUUUGACUCACAUUUUUGACAGGAUAUCAGAGGAAGACUGAGUAUAGGUCAUGAUAAUAUGACCUCAGUUUACCAGUCUAGGGAGGGCAUCAGGAUAUUGUGAAUAGGUGGUUUCUGGAGGGCACAAUAACAAACCAGUAGUCUAUCGCUAGUGUACCGUUCAUCCACCGAUAUUUUUCAACCUUCGAGCACGUAAAACUGAUUUGCGAUGUCGCGAUAAGCCUAGUUCCAAGAAUACGAGUCAUGAAAUAUUUUGUAAAAUUAAUAGAAUAUUCAAUCUACUUUGCAAAUUUUAUAACAUCUUUUAUUUCUUGUAGGCUUCUGAUGCACUUUAUCCUAUUUAGUUUAUUUAUUUUUCGAUUACAGUUGAUCAAUCAGUUGGAUUACUAUUAUAUUAUAUUGUGUCAUUUGAAGCACAGGUUUUAUUUCACAGUCAAAUGUACUUGCAACUAAAAUAUUAUCUUGAGCCCUGCCAGCUAAUUCUAAGUCAGAGUUGUACAGAAGACAUAGUUACAUAGGUUAUUAAUAAGUACCUGUAUCGGCUGUAUGCUAGUGCAACUUUGAAGAAAAUAUCUUAAUUAGAGUAAAAUUUAUUGCUUUAGCAGUAUUUUUGGCAAUGGUAUAUUUAUUUUGGAUUAGACAUUAAUUUCAAUAUUUUUGAACGAUUUUACCGAUAUGUCUAUAUUUGAAGACAACAAAAAUACUGCAGGUACUCCUGUACAUUAUUUCUUAUCCAAAAAACUGUCUCUUUUUUGCUAAUUAUUAUUCUCAUGGCUCGACUGUACGAAAAAGGUCUGCCCCCACUUUGUGAAAAAAUUUGCACAUCAUCCAUACUGUCAUGCUGUAUUUGUCUUUCCUUGGCCCUUGAUAGAUUUAAUGUGAAGUUUAAUCUAUUGUACUUUGCUUAAAGUAAUGUAAAUCAUUUUAACUAUAAAUACUGUAUAUAAAGAUAUUUUAGGUGAAACUUUUACUUUUAUUAUCCAAAAUAAUGGGUAGCUACGGAGGUCACGUUCUUCCUGGUUCUUUUUUUAUAUUUUUUGGUAUCUGGUAUGUUAUUGGAUACUCCUGGAGUUACUUUACAUCACGAAGUAAGAAGGAUUACAACUACUAUGGAACUUUCUACUGCUGUGGAAAACUACCGUGCUCUAUGCUUGUGGUGGAAGGAUGCUUGAAAAUAUUCUUUACGUCUGUGGGUACAUUGGUUGAACUGUUCUAUCCUGGUGCCCCAAUGGGAGCUUUACAUAACUCUGACGGCGAUUUCACUCAUCCCAUGAACUGGCAGCACGCUACCAUGUAUUUCUUUUUUGGUUUAUCUGGUUUGGCAGACAUCAUUUCUUAUACUGCAAAAAAUGUAGUGCCUAAAGGAUUAGAUAGAAUCAUGGGAGGCCUCGCUUUGUUUGUGGAAGGAUAUUUGUUCUUUUUUCAUUUGCAUGGAAGAUCGAUGAUUGACACGAGAUGCCAUGUCUUAUUGGUGAUAGCGGUUUGGCCUUGUGCACUUUUCGCAUUGUUGGAAGCAUUUUUGAUCAACAAUCGUGCGGUCUUACAUCUCCUGGAAAUGUUCCACUCAAUUCUGCUGAUAUUCCAAGGAGUUUGGUUCUGGAUGGUCGCUUACAUUCUGUAUCCACCUAGUGGAGAACGAUGGGAUCCAUGCUUUACGGAGGCAAAAAUGGACGCUCACCAACUAGCAGAAUUAAAAGAACAUCAACACAAUAGCAGUGGUGAAGAAAAAACAUGCAAUGAAGGAAAAGUACAUUUAAACGUGAUGUUCAUCACAAUGUUCUGGAGUUGGGCUCUUGCCUUCGUGUCUAUUGGCGUUGGAAUCAUCUACUUUCUAGUUUACAAGUGGUUGAAGAUGCGAAGACAGCUUGAUCGUUCUUUCUGCAUCAGUGAGGAACGAACCGCUCUUAAAAUGGAGAGCAGACACAAAGGUUUGCUCGACGGAGAAGAUGAAGAUGAGGAAGCGUUUUAGAUAUUUUU